AUGUACCUUCCCAGUACAAAUAAUGCCACCACUACUUCCAGCACUCCCAAAGCAAUUGCAAACCCUUGCAUUUGGACCGGUAUUUCAUGCAAUGCUGCUGGAAGUGUCAACAGGAUAAACCUUACCAAUUCUAGUAUACAAGGUACGCUACAUGAAUUCUCAUUCUUGUCAUUCCCUAAUCUUAUGUAUCUAAACCUCAGCUCAAAUAAACUCUUUGAUGUCAUACCACCUGGAAUUAGUUCCCUCUCCAAACUCAUUUAUCUUGAUCUAUCUGUAAAUCAAUUUUCUGGAGAAAUCCCGCCAGAAAUAGGUCUUCUAAGAAGUCUCACAUUUCUCUAUCUCGAUAGAAAUAAUAUUUCCGGCACUACUCCUAUGGAGAUAGGAAACUUGAAAUCAUUGGUGGGUCUGCAGUUAAGCACCAAUCAUCUCAGUGGUUCAAUUCCAACAACGUUGGGUAUUUUGACCAACCUUACCACUCUCUAUCUCCAUUCAAAUAAUCUUUCUGGCACUAUUCCUAUGGAGAUAGGAAACUUGAAAUCAUUGGUGGGUCUAGACUUGAGCACCAAUCAACUCAGUGGUUCAAUUCCGACAACAUUGGGUGAUCUGACCAACCUUAACAUUCUUUAUCUCCAUUCAAAUAAUCUUUCUGGCACUAUUCCUAUGGAGAUAGGAAAUCUGAAAUCAUUGUUGGAUCUAAGGUUGAGCACCAAUCAACUCAGUGGUCCAAUUCCGACAACACUGGAGAAUCUGACCAAUCUUACUAUUCUCUCUCUCUUCUCCAAUAAUCUUUCUGGAACUAUUCCCACGGGGAUAGGAAAUAACCAGAAGUUGAUAAAAUUAUUCUUGGGUUCAAACCAAUUUUCUGGUUAUUUGCCCCAAAACAUUUGUCAAGGUGGAUCCCUCACACACUUUACAGCAGGCAAUAACCAUCUAAUUGGUCCAAUCCCAAAAAGCUUGGAAACCUGCACGAGCUUAUUUAGAGUCCGUCUUGAUGGGAACCAAUUUACAGGCAACAUAUCAAAGCACUUUGGUGUUUAUCCAAAUUUGAAUUUUAUAGAUUUGAGCCAUAAUAGAUUUUAUGGUGAACUUUCAAAAAAUUGGGGACUGUGCCAAAAUUUAGCGGCCCUACGAUUUGCGGUAAACAACCUUUCUGGUCCAUUACCACCAGAGAUUGGAAACGCAACCCGAAUUCAAGAGCUUGAUCUUUCUUCAAAUCAAUUAGAAGGGGCGAUUCCAAAGGAGUUCGAGAGAUUGACUUCACUACUGAAGCUUAAGUUGGAUGGCAAUCAACUUUCGGGUCGUGUCCCUUCAGAGUUUAGAUCAUUGACUGAUCUAGAAUAUCUUGAUCUCUCAGCAAACAAAUUUGAUGAUUCAAUUCCAAGCUUUGUAGGUGACCUUCUCAAGUUAAAUUACUUGAAUUUGAGUAACAACAAGUUCAGUCAAGCAAUUCCAUUUCAAUUGGGGAAGUUAUUUCAUUUGUCUCAACUAGAUUUGAGUUUUAACGCAGUUGAAGGUCAAAUACCAUCAGAUAUUGGGAAUAUGCAGAGUCUGGAGAUACUUAAUAUAUCCCACAACAAUAUUUCUGGUUUCAUUCCGACAAGUUUUGAAAACAUGCGUGGGUUGUCGAAUGUAGACAUAUCCAACAAUGACUUGGAAGGUUCACUUCCCAAUAACAAAGCAUUUCAAGCUGCUACUCAAGAAGCAUUGCAAUGGAACAAGGGCUUGUGUGGCAGCACACGAUUUUUGCAACCCUGCAAUAAACAAAUCCUUAAAAAGGACCAUAAACUCGUAUUUAUGAUAAUCUUCCCUAUUCUGGGUGCAUCUGCGCUUCUAGCCUGUAUAUUUACAUUAGUAGCAAAAAGGAAAAAGAAACAUCAACAUGGAGAAAAAACCAAUAUGAAUGAUGAAAUUUCUUUUUCAAUAUUAAAGUUUGAUGGAAAGACAAUGUUUGAGGAGAUCGUACGGGCAACAGAAGAUUUUGAUCCCAUGUAUUGCAUAGGGCAGGGAGAACAUGGAAGUGUCUACAAAGCAACUCUGUCAUCCACUUACACAGUGGCUGUGAAGAAACUCCAUUUGCUAUGCGAUGAGGACAAGAAUAUUCAGAAGGCUUUCUUGAAUGAAAUUAGGGCACUAAUUGAGAUGCGUCACCGAAAUAUUGUGAAGCUUUAUGGUUUCUGUUCACAUAGGCUACACUCAUUUUUGGUGUAUGAUUAUGUGGAAAAGGGUAGUUUAGCCACAAUGUUGAGCAAAGAUGAGGAAGCUAAAGAACUAGGGUGGAGUAAAAGGGUGAAUAUAGUUAAAGGUGUUGCUCAUGCCUUGUGUUACAUGCAUCACGAUUGUUUACCACCGAUUGUGCAUCGGGACAUAUCGAGCAAGAACAUUUUGCUAGAUGAUGAAUGUGAGGCCUGUGUUUCAGACUUUGGCACUGCUAAGUUCUUAAACCCGGACUCAGAUAAUUGGAGUGCCCUUGCAGGCACAUAUGGAUAUGUUGCACCAGAGCUUGCCUAUACCAUGGAAGUGAAUGAGAAGUGUGAUGUUUAUAGCUUUGGAGUGGUGACAUUGGAGACAGUUAUGGGAAGACAUCCGGGAGAUCUUCCCUCAUCUCUAUCUUCGGGGGCGUGUUCAUCAUCGUCCACUGCAUUACCAGCCCAUCAAUUGCCAGUUGUGGAUGUUUUGGACCAACGCAUUUCCCCUCCUACACGUGAAGUUGCAGGAGAAGUUGUCUCUGUUUUGAAGGUGGCAUUUGCAUGCCUGAAUUCCAGUCCUCAAGCUCGUCCAACCAUGAAGCAAGUUUCUCAACACCUCUCGACUAAAAGACUGCAUUUGUCAGAUCCAACAGCUAUGAUAACAUGCGGUGAAUUGCUUGCUUCUAAUGGUUUCACUGCCUCAUGA